ACGCAAAAGUUAUCUCUCUUAACAAUCAAUCGAUUGUACUUACCUUUCCUUGUUUUCAGUUCGAGGCUGCAGAUGACAAGUCACAGACGACGUAUUCUGCGAAAAUGAGAAUCUCCUGAUUUUCCUCUGCUGACUGCUUGAUAAGUGGAAUAUUUGUCACCAUGGCGGGGUUUUAUAGUCUAGAAAACAAAGAAGUCAUCCGUAUCAAAGUAAAAAAGUGUGAUGGCCUGAUGCAGCCGGAGUAUAAAAAGUUCUCCAUUGAUCCACAGAUUACAUCAUUUGAAAUGCUGCAGGGAAUUCUUGCCAAAGCUUUUGAUAUCAAAAGUGACUUCACACUGAGCUACUUGGCUCGUGAUACCGAAGGCCAGGAGGUGUACCUAAGCAUGUUGUCAGACUGGGACAUGGACGCUGCUUUUCAAUGUGCUGCAGACCCUUGCCUCAAACUCAAAGUGGACCUGAAGCCCUUUGACCAAGAGCUUGAUGACUGGGAUGUCAUUGCACGUGCAGAAAUUCCACAGCACCGUAUUACAAGCAUCCUGGAUAAAAGCUCACUGUUGGGUACCAUCACCAGCAACAUCACCAGCCAGGUGGGACGCACCAUGUCCACCAUGCAGCGUGCAAUGGGUUUAAAGCACCCAGAGGAGACAUACAAGCCCUUGAAACUUGCCAUGUCAGACAUGGAAUUCCACAAUUACCUCGAUUCAGCAGGCUACAUGGUGAAGCCAAAUGAAUUCCGCCUGAGCAUUUAUCAAGGUGGCAUUGAGAGCUCGCUGCGUAGAGUAGCCUGGCGCCAUUUACUCAACAUCUUUCCUGAGCAGAUGUCAGGCCGAGAACGUUUUGAUUAUUUGAAGCGCAAAGAACUGGAGUACUAUUCUUUGCGAGAUGAGUGGAAAGAGAGAUUUUCUGGCGGCAGCACGACUGAGGAGGUGAAGUAUGUUGCAUCUAUGGUUAAAAAAGAUGUCCUUCGCACAGACAGGUCUCACCGUCUGUAUGCUGGUGGGGAUGACAACAAAAAUACUCUCAGCCUCUUCCACAUCCUUGUGACCUAUGCCUUGACACACCCAGAUGUCUCAUAUUGCCAGGGUAUGAGUGAUCUGGCAUCGCCAUUGCUGGUUAUACAAAAAGAUGAGGCCCAGGCCUAUAUAUGCUUCUGUAGCCUAAUGCAGCGAUUGCGUGGCAACUUCUCUCCUGAUGGUUCUUCAAUGAUGACCCAGUUUCGACACUUGUCAGAACUGCUGAAGGUGCAUGAUCCCCAGUUCUAUGAGUACCUGCAAGGCAUCAACGCUCACGACCUCUUUUUUUGCUAUCGCUGGCUUCUCCUUCAGCUUAAACGAGAGUUUCCUUUUGAAGAUGCUCUCUAUAUGAUGGAGGUAAUGUGGAGCACACUCCCUCCCUCUCCUCCAGAGCAGGAGCUGUCGUUGGUAGACCAUGACUACAAUGCCAAACUGCUGUCGUCAUCUCCUUGUUCCCCCACCUUUUCUUUCCAGCAGUCAGUCUACGCCAAGUUGCUGGCCAUGCGCUGCUCCAGUCGCAUGCGAGACUUUGCAGUGUCUGGUGCUGCAAGAACUCCUCCUACUCUUAUGCCCACUAAUCCUGGACUCAACAAGAACUCAUCCUUCGAUGCCUCCCCUGGGGAUGAAGAUAGGGGAGUGGACUACCCUGAGAUAGACGACCCUAUGACACGGUCGCUUCAGCAGCGAUCUAGCAGCAUCGACCAGGUGCUGCAUGACUGUACAUCAGCUGCAUGCUUGCAGGAAGAUUGCAUUGAGAAGCUCUCCUCUUGUGAAAGUGGCAAACAGAAUGAUGGUGAGCUUGUGAAUAACAGUGUUUGCUCUUGUCACAAAUGCAAGUCCCCUGACAAGACCAGAGAUUUCAUUGUCAGUGUUGACAAUCAGCAUAAAAGUGUUCUUGGACACAAAGAAACCUGUUCCAUUCCUCAGCUGAAUGGGACUACAGCACUAUGCCAAGACAGUCCAGAAAGCGCCCAUAGCUAUGCUGAUGAAAGUCCUGAAAUACUUAAUACACAUUCGAAUGGUGACAGUGUGGAUCCAGAAACAAGCAUUUCAUCUGAUUCCCAUCAGACAGAGGUAGAUCAACACAUGCAGUUCAACUUGUCUCUGGAGUCCAGUUCAGCAGCAACAGAUACAGCAGAUGCAGCAGAACAAGAUAAGAAGGAGGUGGAGGACGGUUAUUCAGGGUUCUUUGGCAGCAUGAGGAAGUUUCUGGCUUCUCCAAAACGUCGUCCUCUUGAUAUUUACAUUCCUCAGGAGAUCUCUAGCUAUGGGUCUGCCUCCAGCACCAGUCCCAAGCAGCCAGCAAGUGAAUUAGUGCCAUUAUUGCAAGGGCUUUCUGACUCAGGUGUGUCAGAUGGUGCACAGGAUGGAGGCGCCAGUGAAACUCGCACAGCUUGUCCGGCAGCCAAAAUCGUCAAGCAGCAGAUAAAAAAACUAAAUCCCAUGCUCAGCAGCCUCCUAGCCCAGCUGCCCCCUCCUCAAGAAUUUGGCAUGGGGAAUCCCUUCCUGAUGUUUCUGUGUCUCACCUUGUUGCUGCAGCACAGAGAUCAGAUCGUGCAAGCCCACAUGGGGUAUGAAGAUGUUGCCAUGUAUUUUGACAAGAUGGUGCGACGUCACAACGUGCAGAAGGUGUUGCACCAAGCUCGAGAGCUGUAUUCAGAGUAUCUGCGCUCACAGCAGGAACUAGCAGACCAGGGACAGCAGCAGCAACAACAAUCUAAGCAAGAGUUUGGUCUCAAUGUUUGAUGAAGAGAAUGGACAGCAUUUGCUGUGGAUGACUUGUGUCUGAGCUAAGCCAAAAAGUUGGUGUGCUUUGGCUAAGAAGGCAAGAGCAGAUCAUGAGAGCUUGUGCUAUGUACCUAAACUUCUCGUGAAGUGUGUGUGCGCCAUGGAUGGUUGCAGUUGAACCAGUUCUAAAUUUUGCAUGCGGUGGUUUUAUGCCUGUUUUAUUUGCCAUGCAAAACUCUCAUCAAACUCAAGGAAGUUAUGUGCUGUGGUGGUUAAAUAUGAUUAGUAGUUGCUUUCAGAUAAAAGUAUCACCAUGUAUUAAGAAAAUUGUGUUUUGCCUAGCAAUCAGUAUUUCAUUUUUAUUUUCAUUUCAGUAUUUUUUUUUUUUUUUUUGCAUUUUAUGUCAUAUAUUUGGUUUAGGGUAUUCUUAGUGAUUUUCAAGUAUUACUAUAAGGAAGCAUGUAUUUAUCAAACUACAAGAAUGUGAAUAAUAAUGUGGGCUUGGUCUGCACUCAAGAGCUAAACAACCAAAGUCAGCUUGUUUCUCUUUAGACAUUUUAUAUUGGUGACCACAGGUAGAAAAUCAUGCCUGUGACUGUCCAGCUACCUAUUAUCUUGUAGCAGCUGUAUAAUGAGAACCCAAGUCCAGCACUGGGUUGCUAAAGUAGAUUUUUACCAACUACUGUGACCUAAGGAUGUGCAUUGAUCUCGCAGUGCUUGCUUGUUCUCAGCAGCUGCACAGCGCAGCAUAAUGCCAGGAAGAAGAUAACGUCCCUUUUCUGUCUUAUUUGCUGAAGUGUGUGUAAUAUCUUGAUUGGCUGCACUUGAUAAGUGAUCAAGAAACAUGCAUCAUAUUGCACAUCCUUAUGUGAUGUAUCACUGACUGAGGCACAAUUAUUACUAUUCAUUUUUUGGUGCAUUAUCUUUUAUAUCUUUUGGAUGGAAUCAGAUUUCAAAUGACAUUAGCAUCUAGUGUGUCCUAGUUUCUUGUCAUGUCAGCUUACAGUGUUAGCAGUGUGUUUCAGAUCUCUAACUUUCUUUUCCUACUAAGUGGAUUCUGCAUGUACAGCUGAGUCCCUUAUUUUAGAAGCUCAGAUGACAUGCCAUGACGACAAAUGCAUUGAUGAUCAUAAUACAACUAGCAAGCCAAAUAUUGAAACCUGUCUACAGAUAGACUACAGAAUCUGGAGGAAGGUCCUGUCAUAUGCAAAAUAAAUAGGCAUGUCUUUCUGAAGAGCUGACCUUUUUUUCCUUCAGAUUCUAAUUAAUUACAACUUUGCAAUCAUUUUUGUCAAAUGAUGCUGAGUUUGCUUUUCCGUGUUCUUUGCUUACUUACACCUGGUUCUACCAAGAAGCUACUUACUGCACAGAAAACACAUGCACACUCAUGCAAGGGAGUUAAUUUGUUAAGUAUUUUGGGAAAAGAGGUACUUUAAAGUAUUUUUGAAAUCCACAUCUGUGUAUGCUGCAAGUGCAUGGGUAGGGAAUUUCAAAUUGUGUUCAAACACUGCAAAAGAGUGCUUGCCAAAGGUGGAAAGGGAGAGUAUUGGAAUUUUGAGGAGAAAGGUGUCCUGAGAUUACACCUGUGAUGGUUUACGCUACUGAAUAAGUGUAGAUUGUAGUCAGGAAACUGCCCCACUUCAAGCACUGAAAACAAAGGAAGGCCUCUUUGUAUUUACUUGUGAUAACACGAAAAUGUGAACAGGACACAAUUAGAGGAUAGCUAGCAAGAGGUAAUGAAAAUGUUCUUGGGUCAAGAUGGGACCCAUAUCCUUGAAAACUAUUACACAUGCCUUGGCAACAAGAAGUCUUCAGCAUUCCAUGUUUUUCUCUUGAGGCGACUGUAUUGUGUGUCAUUCAAAUAUCAUAGAAGAACCAAUUUUAGUCAGAAACAUGAUCCAUUUUUGUCUACCUAGAUAAAUGUUCCUGUGGACAAGGGCUGAAAGAUGAGCAUCAAGUCUGGCACAGCAUUGAUUUGGGGAAGUAGUUAAAUUUUGGUACAAUAGUCACAUCAUCUGGCAAAUAACAAAUCUGAUGCAACAGAGGAGAGGAAACCUUACUGUACUUAAAAACAAUAACAAUGACUUGAAACUAUAACUAUGCUGUUUUUAGCAUUGGUAGUCUUACGGGAAAAGUGGGAUUCUGCAUCUUGUGUCUUAAUUUUGAUUGCAAAGUGGAGCUAAGUAGUUAAAAGUGAAAAAAGGCUUCUCAAUUUUGAAGUAUGUUCUUGUAAAUUUGUGUUGCUGGUAUUGGUAAACUUCUGCUGGCACACUUUAUUGAUUGAAUCUGUGCAUUUUGUGAAUGAUAUACUUACUGCAUUUUAUACUUAUGGCAACUUCUUGCAGAUUUGUAUUGGAGGACACUUGCAUUGUCUUGAAAAACUUGCUACUCUGAGUUUAUCAAGUGCUUAGGGAACUAUUAUUUUGCUAAAGGAAAUACUGAAAAUUUAGUUUUGACCUGUUUUGCAUUUAUCUGUGACCUCAGAGGUGUUAAGGUGGGUAGCAUGUUAGGUUCUUUUUUCUCUCUAUAGAUACUAGAAUCCUUGGGGUCUGGUUUACGCACUUAUGCACACUUUAAUGUGCAAAUACUCAAACCACCCAGGCCUGGAUUGCAGGUAUUUUUCACGUUAAACCUCUAGCUUUCAGACAGCUUAAGCUGUUACAGAUACGUAGUCCUAAUCAUGCAGUUUCUUUACUUGUAUUCAAUUCACUUCUCAAAUCUCAUCAUACAAACUACAUUUGCUCCAUCAGUGUAUGGCUGCUAGUGUGGAUGUAACUCUUUUUAUGAGUUGUCUAAAGCCGUACAGUUCUUAUUUACAUUGGAGCAUAUAGAUUCGAACAUGGGCAUCCUGUAUUUGUAAAUUAUGUAAAAUGUUAGGUUUGAAAACUGCUACAAAGACUUGCUGUGUAUAUAAAUUGAGACAAUGUGCAGAAUUGUGAUACAACUUCUACAAAACACUUUUAAUUGGGUUUGUGCAAUAUGUGUACAUGCAAGGUGUUGGCUUCAUUUUGUCAAUAAACUUUUACAGAUAUUGUGACUAGUGAACUCAAAUGCUUUAUUUUACAUACAUUGAGAAGCAUGCAUAAUUCAAACUGGAAAUCGCAAGGCCGUAAUGGUUUAUGGUUCUUCACAUUACUUGUGUUUGAAUAUGAUAGUCAUCAGUUACCUCUUUUGAUUCUCACCAAUCUUUAUAGAAGCAGUCGUGAGGUGUUGCUAAGCACUAGUAGUAGGAUGACUGAUUGCAAGCUGUUACUAGCAUGUGCUUGUAUCAAACGUCAGGGCUGUCAUUUAUGGUUUGUGUUUUAACCAUUCCAUUUAUUCAAAACUGUGCUACUGCAAGAUUACAUACAUAUUUAUGAA